AUGUCGCCACCUUCCAAUAUCCCAUCGUCGACCUCUCAGCUGCAGAGAUUCAAAUCGCAGCUGAAUGAUCUCGUGGCCCGCGAGAGAGCCCACACCCAAGCUACUGCCGCCGUCAUUCCCGAGUCGCCCAUCGAGGCGUUCCUCCAAAAGCCCGAGACCCCCAAGGAGAACAACAACUUCAUGGCGUCGACACGGGGAUGCAGCACCUAUCCAACUGAUCAGCUGCAGAUGAUGGCAUCGCAGCUAGCAGAGGCGAGACGCAAUGGAGAGUUUCCUACCACCAAGGCGUCUCCCAUGGAUGUUGAUGCAACCAUCGAGGACUACCAGGCUCUGACACGGCUUCGGCAGCUUCGUGGUAACCCCAUGUGCCCUGCCCCUGAGGCUUACAACCACCUUCGCAUCGAAAUCACCCGCCGUAUCAGAGAACGUGAUGCACUGAGCGGGGAUGAUGAGACCGAGGGUGCAGCAGCUCGUCGGGUCGACACAUAUCUUCAGGCUGUUCAGCAUGAGAACCGUUACUUUGCUGCUGCGAACAAGCCUAUGCCCCAACGCCGUGUACAAACCGCCAACAAAGGCAACAACGGUUGCAAUGGUCAGAUCACUAAGAGCAACGCGAAUGGGUCUGACGAGAAGAUGCGUUCCAUGGUCGAGCAGACUAUCGAGCAAGGCAUCGCUGAUGCCACUGGCCCUCUUCGCAUGAACGUGGGCAAGCUUGACGCUCAAGCAAGCACACUUCGACGCCAGAGUGACACCAUGGGCCAGCAGAUCGAGAUGCAGCAGCAAACCGUCUCGGCCCUGCAGACCAUGAUCCAGCCCCAGGCCUUCAACAUCCAAGCCACCACCCAGAACCUCGCCAUGACCCACGGGCUCGCCAACCAACUCUCACAGAUCGCCAAUGAUCUUCCCCAAUCCAUCAACCAAGCCGUCAACUCGGCUUUACAGGAGCACACUCAAGCUUCACUCAACGGCCUCCUCGAGGCCCAGCGACAAGCCAUCCACGACAUCGAGAUGCGCACUCAGCGUCUGAACGAGCUGAACCGCGAGGCCGAGGCCCGAGACAGCACCACGCGCAGCAGAACAAACUCGACCGCGAGUGCCAGAGACCGUUCCAAGAUCCAGAGCUUCUUUCAGAAGACGUUUGGACGUACGAACUAG